AUGCUAAAAGUCGGGAGGCUGAUAAAUGACGCCCCCUUGCGAUGGAGCGCCGCUUACAAGGAGUUUUACCGUGCGGUAGUAGAGUUGAGACUCUACGAUGAAUUUUGGCAGAAGAACGUCCCGAUACCAACUCCUCGCCGCGAGGGUACAGGAGUCCGUGUACUCAGUAUUGGGAGUGGAUCAGGAGAAGUGGACAGCGCUAUCUUGAGGAAGAUCAUGCAAAACCAAAGUAGCGUGAACUUGUACAGCAGAGUCGUGGAACCGUCGGCAGAAAGGCUACGGGAUUUUAAGGAUUUGGUACAACAGGACACAAGCCUCAGUACAGUAAAGUUUGACUGGCGCCAACAGACAGUGGAAGAAUACUUCUCCGAGUCCGAUGGUGCGAAGUUCGACCUCGCCCAUGCUAUUCAGGUUCUGUACCAUGUACAGGACCACCACGCCACCUUGCGGAACAUGUGGGAACAACUGGCUGAUGGGGGCUACCUGUUUGCCUUACUUCUUUCGGGUAUGUUGACAAAAACUAAUCAUCAGCACACGCGUAUAUUUGCAGACAAAAUAGGCCAGGGGGAACUGCAGCAUGAAAUGUGGAAGUGGUUUCCACACGAAAACGAUAGAGAUCGCCUGCAGACGUCACAUAUUACUUCCGGUGACGUCACAAGGUCCCUCGAAUCCAUGGGCAUCAGUUACGUCAUAGCUGAAGUCGACGUUGACAUCAACAUCGCAGAGUGCUACAAGGAGGAUUCGGAGACGGGAAGACUGCUUCUCGACUUCUUAACGCAGACUUCAAACGUCCACGCACACCCUAAGAUGAGAUCGGCAGUCUUAGAGUACUGUCUGCGCAAUUCGUCAAUGGUGGAUGAUAAGGUCCUUUUCAAAGCACGUAACGCGGCUAUCACAGCACGUAAAAAUACAAAGAAGUAA